AUGCCUUGUAGCAUGAGGUUUUUCACAGCCGUAGCUGUAUUGUCAGGUAUCGCACCUGCGGUGGCUACGGCUGGCAAGCAGUAUUUUUUUGAUACCAUCCCCGCAUCACAAGAGCUAGUCUGGUAUCCGUGUAAUCAGACAUUCGAAUGUGCUCGUCUCUCCGUGCCACUCAAUCCUCUUGAGCCAGAUAAUGGCUUGCGUAGCGAGAUUCCAAUCAUUAAACACCUUGCGGCGGAGUCCAACGAAUACAAAGGCAUAAUCUUAACCAACCCAGGUGGUCCUGGCUUCUCAGGCGUCGGCUUUAUUCUCAACGCUGGCACACUUAUCGCAGACCUCGCUGGCCAAGGCUGGGACAUCAUCGGUUUCGAUACUCGAGGCACGGGUUAUAGCAAACCUAAUGGUGCCGUGGGCUACGGCAAUAUUCCGCUUGCGCCCGAACUACAAAAUGCGAGUAACACCAGAGCAGACCGGGUCAUCAAGAGAUCAGUUACCACCGACGUCGGAAUCAAGAUCCCGGCUAGCCCAGACUCUUGGAUUCAAAAACAAUAUGAACUGGGCACAGACUUGGAUACCCUCAUACAAAAAAAUGCAAACGCGGACAACCAAGCGGUACCUUACAUGACGACUCCUAAUGUCGUUUUCGAUAUGCUGCAAAUCGCAAAAGCGAAUGCUCGUAGUCAAAAUAUAUCCGAUGAAGAUGUCCUUGUUAACUUCUACGGCAUCAGUUACGGAACAGUUCUCGGGCAGACUUUUGCUUCGCUCUAUCCACAGCAUGUGGGCAGAUUUGUCUUGGACGGCGUCGUCGAUAUAAAUGAUUAUUACGCAGGAAAUUUAGGAUUGACGCGCUUCGACGAGGGACUUUCCACUUUUUUUACCAGGUGCUUUAACGCUGGGCCAGAAGGAUGCAGUUUCUAUACCGGCCAAACCCGGAAUGAUAUCCGUGAUCGUUUCAAUAAUCUUAUGACUCAGUUGGAUAGUUCAAAAGCUGUCGCUGAAAAAUGGGAUAAUGCUACAAUCAUCCAAGAAACCCGAGAAGCCAUAAGAGGGCUCCUCAUGUCAGCACCUUAUGACGCCAUAGCCAACUUCCUUUUAUUGGCGGACAGUUUGACGGUCAUCGAGGGGUGGGUCAAGACGGAUGCUCUCUUGGGAAACCGAGAGACAAUCCUUCAGUUAUCUCCAAAUCCAAUCUCAUUGCCAAAUAGGUUGGAAUACUUUUUCGAAAUCCUAUGUUCGGAUAUGAACAACCCAUUGGUGGGAAGCAAGCAGCUCUCUAAAAAUAUUAUCGACUCUAUGCGACACUCGAGUGUUGUCGCUGGUGAAACCUAUAUCGCGCAGUACGCAGUUUGCUCUCGUAUUCAACUAAAGGCUAAAUGGAAGUUUGAUGGCAAGAUUGGAGGUGACACUAAAAAUCCAAUGCUCUUUAUUGGUUUCUCUGGGGAUCCAGUCACUCCUUUUGAGAAUGCAGAGGUCGCACAAAAACGAUAUAAAGGGUCUCAGAUGGUUUAUGUCGAGGCUGAUGCACAUGGAAUUAUUGGCCAGAGCAACAAAUGCGUGCACGACAAUGUCAGGGCUUAUUUCGAGAAUCUUGCCCUCCCAGGACAGAACAACCGCUGCCGUAGAGAUGGUGAGCCUUUGCACCCUUCCGAAAAGAGUUCUGCCGGAUUAAGCACCUUGGAAUCCCUCAAUACAUUUGGGCGUAGCAUAUUUUUGAUGCUUGGUCUGGUUAUUGGGGCUGAUGUUAUUCAUUAUAUUAUGUAA